CCUGCUUUUCCCUCCCUUCUAGCCCCCGUCCGCGCCUCCUAUCCCUCUCUAUCUACCCCUCCACCCCGCCAACCCCGCGACGCGACGCCGGCCAUUUUCAAAAAACCAUGUCCACCUCCUCCGGCUUCGACAGCGACUCCUCGCUCUCCCCGCCCCCGGCCCUGCUCUCCUCCCCGGUCCCCGCAUCAAAGCCCAAGACGCAGUCGCGCCCGCGGAAAAAUCGCCAGGCCACUCUCGACUUCCGCCCUCAGCCCGUCGCGCCCCGCGUACCCUUCACCGACCGCCCGCGCGACGAAGACAUCUUCGCCGCCGCGGUCGCGGCCUCAAAGGCCGACCCUGUGUCCUCCGACGCGCAGACAAAGUCGCAGGACGGUCAGCCGUCGAAGUUCUCCUCGGUCCUGGACGAGAUCAUGUCUGAUGACGACGACGACGCGGGCUCCACCUCCUUCAACUCCAGCACUAUAGGCAGCAGAAACCCCAAGAGCAGGUCUCGAGGCGGUCGCAAGCCCGCGGCUCGCAAGCAAAAUACCUCAUCCCCCGCGCCUGCUGUCGUCAAAACUCAGCGGCGGCCGCGCAAACCAAACACCACAAAACUGGCGAAUCCUAUAUUCAAGCACGUCUCGACGCCGUCCUCGGCUGGCGGCAGUGCCGCCCCUUCUCCUCUCGCCUCCAGCAUCGCCAGUCCGGCACCAAGUGCGAGCGGCGAUGCCGCUGCCGGUUCGUCUUCUGGCGAGCUUUCGUCUCCGCCUUCUGACUUUGAACCCGAAUUUCUGCUUAACAAUUCUGAUCUUGACGAUGAGGGCGAUGACGAUGAGGAGGACGACAAAGCGGUUCCAGACGCGGUAAAGAGUGAGUCCCAAGCAGAAGACCAAAAACCGAGCGAUGGCAAAGAGAAUUCUGAAACAAAGAAGCCUGAGCGCAAACGUCUGAUUCCAAACCCGCGUGAGCCAAUGUACGCACCCGAGAUCUCGUUCCUGGUCAUGUUUCGUGCGCGAUUCGCCGAAGUCUACGCGGGCUUCCCCGAUCUCGGCCCGCAGGAUUUCGAAGAAGGUCUUGUUUCAUCGCCUGCGAGUCCCGCGGUACUCGGCUUCCUCUGCCGCACGCUCUCGCUCGUGCUCAAUCGCAAGAAGAACGUCGAGCCAGCGCAUUUUGCGCGGCCGAUGGAUGAAGCAGUUAGUACCUAUGGACCUGCGUACUGGGGGCCGCUGAACCCCACCGGUCCGUUUGUCGGUGGACUGACGUUCCACACAAUGACCUGGGAAGCGCGGCUGGAAGUGCUUGUCGCGCUCGUGCAUUGGUCGCUGACUGCGAGCGAGGCUGUUCGUCAGGUGCUUGUGCAGGGGUACUCGCAACAGCGAACUGACGACGACAGCGCUUCGCCGCUCGCUGUGCUUCCUAUUGGUCUUGAUUCCGAGCGAAAGCGAUAUUACCUCAUCGAGGGUGAAAACGACACGCGCUUCCGGCUAUUCUGUGAAACCAACCCUCGCCAACGCCUCGUGAACUGGACCCCAGUCGCGAGCACCUUCGCCGAAUUCAAAGAAUUUGUCGACAAGCUCUCCGAAACCGACACGUCGCGCAACGCUAAAGCGCUGGUCGAGAGUCUGACGGAGGAGCUGCCGCGUCUCGAAGCCAGCGAACUUAAGCGGCGGAAGCGGGAUCAGCGCAUGCUGAAGCGGCAGUAUGACGAGAUGCAGGCUGCGGAUACGGGUCUGUAUAGCGGGCGCACGCGCGGGAAGAAGGUGAAUUAUACGAAUGACGGGGGAGUUGUCGGGGAAGAGGAAGAAGAGGACGAAUACGGAGACGAGGAGGAGGAGGAGGAGGUUGAGCGGAAAGCAAGCGCGACCAAAGUGUAUACCACCGCUUCCGGGCGCGCGAGCCGAAAACCUCCUGUUCCUGCUGCGUUCAUCGAUCCGGGCGUGCCCGACAUCAGCGACGAAGAUACUGCCGAGUCAUCAUCCAAGCGAGAAGUGCGCAAGACUGCCUCGGCCGGUCGUCAGCAGUACGUGUACCCCAACGGCGCGGAGGAGGAUGACGAAGAUAAGGACGUGUUUGUCGACGCAGAGAAGCCGUCGCUUACUGUUGUUCUCAAGUACAGGAAAACAAAUCGGGAUAUCCCGAUGACGGACGUAGCACCCGCUCCUCAGGCAGUCGCUCUCGAGAGCCGGUGAAUUGAAUCUGUUUUCAUCUAGUUGUUUAUGUGUAUGUGUAUGUGUAUGUGUAUUUGUGUGUUGUUUGUGUGUUUGUGUUUGUAGGGGCGUGUGUAUAUUACCAUAUUGCAUUAAAACUCAUUGUCUUUUAUUCAGUCAUUGUGCAGUAGUUCGAUUAUAGUCUAUAUCUGAUCUUUUUGGUGAAUAUAUGGUUGAAAGCUGGUAUCGUGUUGACGAGGUGGUGGGUGUUCAGUAGGUUUUAUCAUUUUUUUUAUUGAUUUUUUUUAGUCCAUGGAUUUGUUGAAUA